AUGCUCAUGAGCGAUGGGUUGUUACGGGUAUUCUGGCCAUACGAUUUGCCGCGAUCGUCAUCGCCGGGGGUGAUUGUCGGGUGGAGGAACUCAGAACUGGAUUUGUUCGUGUUGACCGUGUUGGAGGGUGUUGAGCCACGGAAUGUCGACAAUGCUCUUCGCGCAGGCAUCCUCUUUCGCAACAGCCCGCACCCUAUUGUGCGCAUCUUUACAUUGUGUGGGCGAUCGGCGAUGCAUGUUCUAGGCUCGACCAACUCCCCAGACCCGCCCAGUGCGUUCAAUCCGUCGCAUCUCUAUGUCACUACGACUCCGGCUUGUAAGGUGCCACGGAUCUGGUGCCCACCGGAGACGAAUCUCUCGGUGCAGGUCAUCAUGUUUCACCGGCCGCAUCCGACUCGGAUGGAGUACAUGUCGCUGGAUCCGAUCUCAUUGGCGCUGGCAGAUAAGCUGGUCGCGGCCGAUCAACCUGAUGCGGUGUCCAGUCUGAUCGAUACCGAGGAUGAACACGACAAGGGCAAGGGCGGGAGACUGGUGGAGAAGCUCAAGCUUCAUACCGUCGUGAAGCAUGUCCCGUCUUCCAAGGAGCAAGCAUUGCCCCUCAUCAUCAAUCAAGUCAAUUGCGCCUACGAGAUGGGCAAGCUCAUGGAGAAGAACAGCCCUCUCAUUGGGAUCCGGGUCAAGAGAAGCAUGAGUGUCGGAGAGCGGGUCGUGGAGUCUGCGACAACCCUGUGGGACUUGUUCGUUCUCGGCGUUUCCUACGUCUUCUGGCAGUGGAUAUGGCCGGUAAUCACACGGAUAUUUGUCGUCGGGCUUGUGUUUCACCGUACCAUCGCAGAAUUCGUCCUGCAGGUCCUGGAGUGGCGCGCUCGUCCCGACGCUGCUGCACUCAAGGAUAUCUCUGCUACCGCCCAGCAGGUUGACAUCCGCCUUCAACAAUUCUGCUACUGGCCCAUUCAAUAUGUGAAGCUGCGACAAAGAAAAGAUAAUUGGGAGAGUGUGACGACUAGUCAUCCGGACUAUAUUCGUUUCUACAACAGCCUGUGGCUUGUGGCUAAUGAUGUGAUCAUUGGGAUCGCGUUAGGGUCAUACAUCAUAGACAAUGCCAACUGGGUCGCCUUCCAGAUCAACUCCAUCUUGACGGGCUGGACAGUGGAGGGCUUGCAACGUACCAUAUCCUGGCUAAUGGACUGGCCGGCUGGCUUGAAAUUGAAUAAUGAGCUCGCUGCAUUCCUUGGAGAUCUCUUUCUAUGGGUGAUAGAGAACUGGGCAGCUUGCAUUGCCAACCUGCAACCCUACCUUCCACAUGUUAUCUACGUGGUGGGAUGUUCAAGCUUCGCGGGGGCAAGCAUGCCGAUUGCCCUGUUUUCCGACCUGGUGUCUAUCCUGACUGUCCACAUUUACUCCUUCUACAUUGCAUCGGCGCGAAUAUUCAACUGGCAACUGACCAUUAUCAUCUCGCUUUUCCACCUCUUCCGCGGCAAGAAGCGAAAUGUGCUCCGCAACCGUAUCGACUCGUGCGAUUAUGAUCUCGAUCAGCUGUUGCUGGGCACCAUACUGUUCACUGUCCUUUUCUUCCUCCUGCCAACUGUGAUCGUCUUUUACCUCGCCUUCGCAAGUGCGCGAAUGUUGAUCAUCUCACUGAAAGCAGCGCUUGACACCUGCCUAGCCUUCUUGAAUCACUUCCCGCUCUUUGCAUUGAUGCUGCGAGUCAAAGACUCGCGACGAUUACCUGGCGGGAUCCGCUUCGAACUCCGGCAAGAGCACGACAAGUGUCCUGCAACCGGCAAGUCCACCACUAGCGUACCGUAUAUCCAUUUCGAGUCCAUCCCGCUCGCGCUUCGUGCCAUGUUCGACCAGUACUUCCAAUUGGGCCAUCGUCUCCGGAAACACUAUCUUGCCCCGCGGGUCAUCUUCUGCCUCGUCACCGGCCGCUUCGUGCCUCCUAUCCACCGUCGCAACCUUUACGGCAUGCAGUACAGCAUGCUCCCUGCGCGCCGGGCUACCAUGAUGGAGGUGUGGUCCAUGUUGACACAACCCCGCAAAUCUAGUAGUGGAGGUAGCAGCUCCUCAUCGAUGGGUGGCGGGAUUGGCACCGCGGCGAAUGGGAUCCUAAAGGUUCCGGGGACGUUUGGACAAGCGGAUCUGCGGAGAAGAGGCCAUCGAUGA